CCAGUAACAGCACAACAGGGGCCGAACCCAAGAGGCAGCUAUCAUCAAAGGCUCAGGCACGUGAGGGAAAAGCAGCAGAUAAAAAGCCCUGCACAACUUUAUCCAAGCCCAGCCAAACCAAGUGGGUUGCAGUCAGUGCAGUUUCUGGAAUGGAGGAGACAGAAGGCCAACUUUCCGAGGGAGCAGAAAUAGGUAUAGCAGACCCGGCAGCAUCCCCAGGAGUCUGUGCCCACGCCCCAGAGCAGGCAGAAAUGCCCCAGCCUAAAUCCCUGGGAGCACUGGCCACUGAAACAGAGGCACUGGCUUCCCCCAGUCCUGCUGACGGAGAGUUGGAGUGCCUGGUGUGCUGCCACAGAUACAGCUGUCAGCGGCCCCCCAAAGUGCUCAGCUGCCAACAUGUCUUCUGCGCCGUGUGCCUGAAGUUCCUUCUGACCAUCCAGGAGGACACCUGGAGAGUCAUCUGCCCCCUGUGCCGCAUGGGCACGUCCGUCCCCGGGGGGCUGAUCUGCAACCUUCGGGACCAGGAACAGGUCAUGGGGAGGCUCAGUCCCGAAGUGCAGCUCUCUCCCCAGCAGCUCACUCAGCCCUCAGGAGGAGGGGUGCCCAGCAUGACGGGGGAGGACGGGGAGGACUCGGCCAGUGCCAAUCAGGUGGCUGCCCGGAGGUUGGCUGUCCACUUGCUACUGCUGGUGCUUCUCAUCUUCCUCAUCCUCCCUUUCGUCUACCCUGGCAUGAUCCGGUGGGUCCUGGUCUUCGUUCUGUGUGUAGCACUGUUGCUCUCCUCCAUGUUCUGCUGCCUACCGUGCGGCAGAGGCUGCUGCAACCCUGCCAAAACCCUCCUUCCUGGACAGCAGAAACACAGCCAUGUGGCUUCGAUUGCCUGA